CCUCGCUCAGAGGAUUGGGAAACUAUCAAUUUCUGUCCAGUUUGCAGCCGCCUUAUCGGUGUUUGUCCCAGCUGCACGUAGCUACAGCCCCCCUCUUCUGUAACUGACACUGAAAACCCGCAGAGCCGAGGGCAGAAAGAGCCAUAAACAUGAGCACCGGAGCGGGCAUCGACUACAGCGCCUGGGAUCACAUCUACGUGUCUGACGACGAAGAUGUGACCAAUGCGUAUGUCGACACGCCGAGCUUGUUCCGAAUGAGACACCGGGUCAGCAGUGAAACUUGUAGUAGCCGUGAAGUUUGGAUUCUUAUACCUGACCCGGCUGGAGAGAAUGGCUGAGUUUCAGCAGAGAGGGGAAGAUCUGGAGAAUAACUUAUUAGAAUGCAAGAAGCAAUUGGAGGAAGCCCAGGGACGACUUAAAGAACUGGAUGAAGGAAGGAACGGUGGAGAGGAGGCUGAGGAGAGAAAGGCCGAGAUAAAGAAAGUCCAGGGUGAGGUCAGAAGACUGAAGACGGAUGAAAAGGCUUUUGAGAUAAUGAUCGAAGAAUACCAGCGGAAAAAAAAAAAACUGCCCUGGGAUGUUGACACUAUCGGCAAAGAAGGUUUCAGCAAGAGUGUACUCAACAUCAAACCUGUGACUAAAGAGGAAACAGAGGAGGACAAGGUGGAGAAGCACAAGACCUUUUCUGAGAAGUAUAAAAACGAAAUCAAACACUUUGGUAUGUUGCGGCGCUGGGAUGACAGUCAGACGUUUCUGUCAGACAACCCGCAUCUGGUAUGUGAAGAGACGGCUAAUUGCCUUGUUGUCAUCUGUAUUGACUUUGAGAUAGAUGAGAAACACGCACUAAUGGAGCAGGUGGCCCACCAGGCCAUCGUCAUGCAGUUCGUCUUGGAUUUGGCUCGGACGCUUAAGGUCGACGCAAGAGGCUGCUUCAGACAAUUCUUUUCAAAGAUCAAGACUGCAGGCAAGCCGUACCUAGAUGAGUUUGACCGUGAGCUGGAGCUGCUGAAGGAGCGGAUCCGCAGCUGUGCGCAGAUGCGUAUGGAGAGUGCUGGGAAGGAGCUAGAAGAAGAAGAGAGCCAGAAGAGACUGGGCCCAGGUGGUUUAGACCCUGUAGAGGUCUAUGAAUCACUGCCAAAGGACAUGCAGAAGAGCUUUGAUGAGAAGAACGUUCAGAUGCUACAGGAAGCUAUUCGCAAACUGGACCUGGACGAAGGAAAAUACCACCUCAGGAGGUGUAUUGCCUCUGGACUGUGGGUCCCUGAAUCAGGAGAGAGUGAUGAUGAGAAGGAAGACAACGAAGAGGAUGAGGAAGAAUAAGAGAACUGAGAACAUUCCACACUUUAACAAUGAAUUUUUGUGCAACAGUGUGCAAGUAAUGUUAUACUGUAUAUACCCAACAUAAUGUGAGUUUAUUCUUAUUG